CAGGACAAACAUUCGAGUAUAGAAUUAAAAAUAGCAUAUGAGAAAAUCAGGGUUUAACAGUUAAACCUUCAUGUAACCAGAAAAUUAUUUAAAGCGCCUCUUUUCCCAACCAGGAUUGGCAGCAAUAAAGAAGACAGACAUUAUUAAACUGGAGCUUAUAUGGAUCUAAACAGAUGUUCAGCAGAUUUUAAAUUUAUACACUACAGGGACUUUCAGUACAUCUGGAAUUCAUUCUAAAAACCAUGAAUUUGUCUUUGUGAAAAUGCCAUUUUGCAAUUAUGAGAAUCGUGUUUAUCAACAAAUCUCCCAGUUAGUUUCAUAAUUACCGUCCAUAAAUGAUAUCCACAUGUGAAAAGGGUCCAACAGAUAAAUUCAUCCAUCUGCUUCCAAUAUAGUUGGGAAUCAACAAAGUAAAGAAAAUGUCUUCUGUGGUUUUAGUAUGUUUUUGUUUUGCAUGAGGAAAAAAAUAAGUCAAAAUAUAAUCGGAGUUAAAGGAAAUCACGUGGUGGAUAAUCUGUAUAUCGUUAUAUUUGUUAUAUACUGUAUGUAUUUUUUUAAAUACUUUUAUUUUGUAAGAAACCCAUAUUUCCUGUUACAUCCCGUCACUUCCGGCCAAGCUCUGCCCCGUUACCAAGGAGCUCAUCUGUUGCCUGGUUACCAACAGUUUUCAGCACGCGGACAGCGACUCUCCGUUCACCGCCGUGCUGAGUUAACGAACCCGUUUAACUGAAUUUACUUUGAACUUAUUUAACUAAAAUAAAAACUGGAGCUGAUUCUCUGAGGCCAUGGCGAAUCCUCACCGGACAAACGUUCUGGUCACUUCGUGUUUGAAAACGCCGGUAGACCCGCACACCAAGGCGCCAUUAGCCUCGUACGAGCGGGAGAGAGUCCUGCCGUACACGGCCACAGCUCAUAUGGACAACCGGGACUACGAGAAGGAGCUGGAGUAUGAGGACUCGGGCUCUGACUUCUGUGAUGAGGAGUGUCUGGGGAAGGGCGACCGCAGAGCAGGAGGAGACGGCCUCGACCUGAGCAGGAUCUUCUUCUCCAACGAGGAGUACUACAGCAAACUGGAGGAGCUGAAGAAGGCCCACCUCCGCACCAUGGCCGAGCUGGAGGGCAUGUAUCAGAGAAAGCUGCAGCUCAAGCUCAUGCAGCCUUUGGACAUGACAGCGCUGGAGCCGGGGCUCAGGCUGCAGUGGUCAAACAGCAGCCCAGCAGCCUCACGCCGUCUGAGGAAGUCCCACUCUGCUGUUGAACUGAGGCGGAGUUCAGGACUGUCGGACUCAUCAGACGAAGACGAAGCUGCCAGUAACGAUGUGGAGAAAGGCCUGCUCUUCUCUCCCAAAGAGCACAUUAAGAACAUGUGGAGGGACUUCAAGCUGUCGCCUCACAGCCGCCGCCUGUCGUCCUCCUCGCUGCGCAGCCUGCCAGGACACCACAACAGACCAGGGAAGGGAAAAAGCAAGAGGAGGCACAGGGAGCAGGAGGACUGGAAACACAGGGUGACCGUCCCGAAACCUUUUCAGAUGACCCUGCGUGAGGCCGAGAGACAAAAGCGAGGCAUAAAGACGCGUUCAGAGAUCGAACUGGAGAACGCAGAGCUGCGACGGCAGCUAGAAGAACUGACAGAGUGCCAGAGGAAGUUUCGCGCCAGCCCCGUCCCUGCACACGUUCACCUCCCGCUUUACGAGGAGCUGCAGGAGCGUCAUGACGAGCGGCGGCGAAACCUGCGAGAGGAGCAGCACCAUCGAACCAUCCAGAAACCAUUCAGCUUCCUGGAGAGGGAGCGACUGAAGAAGGAGCAGAAACAGCUGCAGAACCCAAAACCACCCGAGCAGGAGAGAGUGAAACCCUUCAAGGCCAAACCUGUGCCCAAGGCCGUGUACGCAGCAGCAUCAGGGGAGCUGAUGAAGGAGGAGCAGCUGUAUCGCUCCAUCAAGAUGCAGAUGAGAGCCCAGGAGCUGCUCCACAGUGCGUCCAUGCCUCCCAGCAUGCUCACACGCCGACUCAGCGAGCGCAAGAAGACCAAAGAUGGCGGCAACACGGCUGGAGGGGAGAACUUCACCCACAGACCCCAGAUCAACAAAGAGAUACCCAACUUCGACGCCAGCUACCGGCGCUUCCAGAAAAACCUGGAGAAACGAAAGGAGGUGAGGCCGACGACCGCGUGCGAACCCUUCGAUCUGAAGACGUCACAGAUCUCCUCGCACCGCGAGCGCAUCCUGGCCGACAUCGAGAAGGAGCAGAGCAGCCCUCGGACGCUGCGCUGGCCCUACAUCAGCCCCGGGUCGGCUCAGACGCCGAACUCCAGCCUCUGUUCGUCUCUCUCCGGCAGCCUGGAGCUCCUGCCCGCCAAAGGAACAGAUGCAACCACAAAACGCCACGAGGCCGUGAGAAAGGUGCUGGAGCAGAGGAAGAAGGCGGAGGAGGAGGAGGAGCGGUGGAAGGAGAGGCAGAAGCAGAAGGAGAAGAAGCUGCAGAGGGUGGUGUUGAAGCGAGCCCAGGCCAACGACCCCCACCUGGCUCUGUCACAGACAAACCAGACCAAGCUCAGAGAAUUCAGGAAACAAGACCUCCUGCGCAGGAAGGAGUACCAGCAGGAGAUUAAAGAGAUGCAGCAGAGAGUGAAGGGGAGGCCGCUGCUGUUGGAGCAGGUUGCACAGAGAAAUGCCAAACAGGCAGCAGAGAGGCGCUACACCGACGCCCUGCACGGACUCAACCUGACCGAGGAGUUCAUCAGCAGAAAGGCCGCCAGAUCAGGAUCUGCACGCCACGCGUCCCGCUCCACUGACAGCAGACAGAGUGACCAGGACGAGUCAGACGUGGGAUACGAGCCUGUUCGCUACAGAAAGGUCUUCCUGGAUGACGACGACGUGGACGGUCCAGACGGGAGGGGACGGGGGAGAGAGGGCGAGGAGAGCGACGAGGCCUCGCUAAACCGCCGCGAUGGCGAGGACCACAGCAGCCACCGCUCAGACGACGACGAUGGCGGCGACCGCGGCGGUGACGACGAUCGCCGCUACUCUGAUGAAAGUUACCACUACUCAGAUGAUCACGAGAAUUACUCAGACGACAGCGAGCAUGAUGCCGACACUAGACAGCAGGAGGCAGGAGAAUGAUGUCAUCAAACGUCGCCAGGUUCAAAAACUCUGAUGGAGAAAACUCAUAGAGUGAAGAGGAAGCUUCUUCAUCCUGGGAUGUUAACAGGAUAUGCUGUGUUUAAAAUCCCUCCAUACGUUAAAAACACUUACUGUCUCCACAGUAACACAGCAGACAUUUAGGACUUUAAAAGGUGAAUUUGGCCAUGGUUCAUUUUAUAAAUCACAGCUGUGAUUUUCAUACUGAUGAGGGGAAACGUCUUCCAUUAAAGGCCUGUUAUCAAUGAAAAGACAGGCUCAGUAUUAACCCAGUAUUGAUGAUAUUUGAACAUUUCAGGCUUGAAGUUAUUGGUUCUGGAAUAAAUACACUUGUUUUAUACACAGGCACUUACACAGUACUGUGUGAAAGGUUUAGGCCCUAAAAGCAAAGGGAGGAUGUGUUCAAAAAUAAGGACAGAAAACAUCUCUUCACAGAAAUGGACUCAUAUUUAUUGCUCUGUGUAACUUAUUGUUCAUCUUACAGUCAUCAUGGCCUUGUUUGUGUCACACUGAACCAUCCACAAUAAAGCGACUCCUCGUUUUAUUUGGGAUUUUCCUCAGUUCUCAUUGUUCAGGUGUUAGCACAGGUCACUCUGGAGCCUAAACAGUGGGUGGGAGUUUGAGCCAGAUUGACAGCUCCACCCAGCCUAUGACAACGCGUGACGACAGCACUGCCACAGCCAAUCAGAGACCGAAGGGGCGGGUACAUAGUCCAAAUUUUACGCGGCGCGCGACGGGCCGAAACACCGAGAAUGAAUAUCCCGGUCUCAACCGGUUUCAACCGGUCCGUGGUUGGAAGCAUGAGCUUAGAGGAAGAGCAUACUUGCACGCAGUAAAACAUCUCUGCUCUCCAACAGUGUGUGCGAAUAGAACCAGAAAUAAAAACGAGACUUUCACUUCGUGAUUAUGACCCGGAAUACCGCUCUAAGUGUGACUCCGUGAAUCUGUGUUGUUAGCUUAGCUUAACGUUACAUUAGCCGACAGACCUGAAUCAUCAUUGACUUUUCCAUUAGCACGCUAGGUUGCUAUUAGCCUGGUGGGAGUCGGCUGUAGUCAGUGAUAUCUGAAGAGAGAUGUGUUUCAGAGUGGCUGAGGACAGGGAACAAUAAGCUGUGUCACCUGCGGAAAGACUUUUAGACAACGCCGAGAA